AUGUCGGAACUGGGCGUAACCGUCGGAUACAUAUGUGCGGAUGUCGCGGCGAGGGUCAGCUGCGAAGUCUCGCUGGAUGAGGAGCACACCCCCCUCCCGCAGCAGGAGCAUGACAGCAACUGUUACACAUUCGGCAAGAUUGGCUCACACAAAGUGGCCAUUUGUUCCCCAUGGGACGAAGUCAGCUGCGAAAGUAGCGUAGCAGACAUGAUGUUCAGCUUUCCUUCCAUCAAGUUGCUGGUGCUGGUCAACAGCAAAGCCGGUGCUGUGCCGCGUGCUGUUGGCGAGGUCGUCCGCGUCGGCGAUGUGGUUAUUGCACAGAAACUCGCCAAGUGGGACUGCAACGGUGAUCUGGUUGAGAUGGGCCUUUCACAAGCCUCUGGUCUCCCCGCCACCGCCGACAUGAUCACUGGUCGGCAGUGGUCGCUGAAGGAGGACAUCAAAGAGCUUAUUUUGAACAACAAGAAAUGGGCCAAACAAUGCAAGCGUCCUAUCGGAGAGGACAUAGACAAGUUGGACGAAAUCAUUGGCCCCCGGGAUGAACCCGACUCUGUGGCUUACCGCGAUGGGCUGGUCAUAUCAAACAAUACAUAUCCGGAAAACGCGAUUUCAAGGGACUCCAUUGCCGAUCCGGAGACGUUUCAAUCUGCGAGUGUUGUCUGUUUCGACCACGGUCAAACGGCAGGUCUCCAACUGAGAGGGCAGUGGCUGAAUGUCGACGCGGUGUCUGUGCUUGGCGUAUCGAACUAUUGCGAUGAAGAUUCGAAGAAGGAUCGGAGCAAGUGGAAGGGUUAUUCUUCUAUGGCUGCGGCUGCUUGCGCAAGAAAGAUUGUGAGGGGAUUAGUUACUGAGACUUAG